GACCACAUGCUUCACACCCGGAAACUCAUUGUUACGAGCCAUACUAUAAAGUCACCAGAAGCCCGUUGAGAGGGUCAGUACAAAAAAAUAGCAGGCAGAUUAUCGUUUGUCUUUCAUCACCUUGUACUUUAUAGGCUGUCCGGCUGUUCUUGUGUGUAAAACAGAAUGCUGCGUUUUAUUGUGUUAUCGCUGGCUGUUGUAGCCACCCUAGCAAGUCCUUUUGUACAUCAGUUGGACGAAGAAUGGGACAUGUGGAAAGCAACGCAUAAGAAAGUAUAUGAGCAAGGGGAAGAACAAGUGAGGCGGUUAAUUUGGGAAGAAAAUCUUGAAAAAGUUGCCAAGCAUAACUUGGAACAUUCCAUGGGGAAACACUCAUAUAGGCUAGGCAUGAACAAAUAUGCUGAUAUGAAAAACAAGGAAUUUGUUGCCAUUAUGAAUGGUUUCAAAAAGAGUAACAAGACGAAGAGUUCUGCUUCAUCAUUUUUGGCAGCAAGCUUUAUCCAACUUCCAGAUACAGUUGACUGGAGAGAUAAGGGAUACGUUACCCCCGUCAAAGACCAAGGUCAGUGUGGUUCUUGCUGGGCCUUCAGCUCUACUGGGUCACUAGAAGGUCAAACAUUCAAGAAAACAGGGAAGCUCCCCGAUCUAAGCGAACAGAACCUAGUGGACUGCUCAAAAGAUCAGGGAAAUGCUGGAUGUGAGGGAGGUUAUAUGGAUCAAGCGUUCGAAUAUGUGAAAGUAAACAAUGGAAUUGACUCAGAGGAAUCCUACCCUUACGAAGCUAUAGAUGACACAUGCCGAUUCACGCCUAGCGGAGUGGCUGCUACUUGUACGGGUUACACUGAUGUAACAUCAGAGGAUGAGGAUGCUCUGAAGACGGCUUCAGCAACUGUUGGACCAAUCUCUGUUGCCAUUGAUGCUAGUCACGAGUCUUUCCAGUUAUACGAAUCAGGUGUUUAUGAUGAACCUGAGUGUAGUCAGGAACAGUUGGAUCAUGGUGUCCUUGUUGUAGGCUACGGUACUGAUUCAACCUCUGGAUCUGAUUACUGGUUGGUGAAGAACAGUUGGGGAACAACCUGGGGAAUGGAAGGCUACAUCAAGAUGUCGCGAAACAAGAACAACCAAUGUGGAAUAGCAAGCUCAGCUAGCUUCCCUCUUGUAUAAAAUUUUCUAACAGUUUCCCUAGGUUUCUUAAAUUCAAUGGCUGUGUAAUUUCUGGUGUUAACAUAGUUUAUAAAUCUUUUCUUGCAACAAUAUACUAUAUAUAUAUAUAUAUAUAUAUAUAUAUCUAUAUAUAUUAUACAACUUCUGUACUGUAAAAAAAAUCUUUUUAUACAUCAAGGAUAUGUACCAACAAGGAACAAAUAAAAUGGACAAAUCUUGGGUAUUAUUUUUCUUGUGUUGUGACUCGAAUACUGAGAAGACAAUGUUGAUGUCAAAUUUAUUGCAGAAUUACAAUUAUUAAUGUGUUAAUUGUGUGCGUAUUGUAUUUAUAUACCAUGCACACAGCUUAACAUGUUAUAAAUUGUUAGUGUUGUCAAAUAUUACUGUGUAUACAUAAUAUGAAAGUGUAUAAAUACUGUAAUUUAUUUCAGAGUUAAAUGAGGAAAUUCUAUACAUUUUUGACCUGAAAUAAUCAUAAAAUUUUUGAUAAGAUUAUUUGUACACUGUAUCAUCAUAUUGUACUGUAUAUUUAAUAUAUUGAGUGUUUUAUAUGUUAGAACCUAUUUAUUUCAAAUAUAUUUUUUGCGGUACAGUAUUUAUUUAGUCCAGCCUGUUGUCAGUUUUUGAUCCAUUACUAGUCUCAGUAAAUCAUGCAGUAUUUUUUCAUCUAAGGUUCAAUAAAGAAUUAUAGUAAUUGUAAAGUA